AUGCCUCAUUUAUAUGAGCAUACCGAGGACAGAUUCAGAUCCACAAACAAGAACAUGUCGACCGUGGAUCUCAUAAAUAGCCUCAGGUCAGUAAGCAAGAACUUGGCGUUGGAGAUGGCGUUGAAGCACCUGAACUGGGACUUGGGCGCCAACAACCGUGCCAUCGACGAUGACGUCAAGGAAUACCUCUUCGGACAGGUCUAUGUACUCGCUCCAGGCAAGCAGUUCAACUUCCAAUUGAUGAACUACGAGCUGUUCAACUGGCUCGUGCUCACCGACACCCAGUACCACCACCUUGUGCUCACAGGUUUCGACUGGCCGGUGGGGAUCACCUUGAUCGAAGGGGAGACCCACUCCAGCUGGCAGCAAUACCACGAUAUGACUGAGGGGCACCGUUCAGCCACCAUUGGCGCCAUCCACCGCGAGUCUUCGUACUUCUACGAAGGGUGCUCUAUCACUGGCAGCUCCACCUCGCGAAACGUCAUUGGCAUCGAAGGGCCAAAGAUCUGGAGCUACCUCUACUGCAAAUCGUACCUUGAGCGGCUAGUGUUGGACAACUACGCCGAAAUGCCGGACCACAACUACCAUAUCGAAGUUGACAGCCUCCAGCUCAAUGGGCGCCACCCAGGUAUCGACAAGAUCGUUAAUCUCAGUUCGGUGAAGCAGUUGUCACUCAUGACGACAGCAGCUAACCGCGACGACGGUAUUUUCAAGCAUGUGCACCAAUUGACGCUGGUUACCGACUUGUGUGUCCUUAGCGGCAGUGGCAAGCAUGGAACUGCCUACGGCUCUGCUGAGUACGAGAAGAUCUGCGCAAUUCCAGGGCCGGUUGAGCGGUUGGUGGUGGUUACCGACCAGCGCAACCCGUAUGACUACACUACAGCGCUUAAUAUGGCGAUGUCCUUCCCUAAACUUGUUUACCUUGAGGUGACACAUCGGGUGGACUCCCUCUCGUGGCCACGUGUACGUACGAGCGAAAUCGAGCGUGACAAGCACCAGCAGGAAGACGUCCUGGUGCUCAAGUUGCCGGCUUUGAAGAAGAUCGUCUGGUACGAAAACCGCAUUAGCACCGAUGAGGAGUACACAUUGGUGAAGUAA